AAAUCUUAAUUCUACAAAAUGCAGUAGUAUUCUUACGCCACCAUUUGAGCAGAAGAUGCGCAACAGUUACAACGAGUCCAAUGGACUAGAAGUGCUCAAUGUAUCCUUAAUGAUUUUGCAAGUUGGUGGAAGACAUAUAGUUGAUCUGGAGGAAAGGUUAUGCACUUGCCGGAAGUUUCAAGUGGAUAUGUUUCCAUGUGCACAUGCCAUUGCCGCAAUAAGAUUUGAGAAUGGCAACGGCUACAGAUUCUGCACUGGAAUGUAUUCGAGCGCUUCUUGGAGAGAGACAUACUCUCAACCCAUUCACCCAUUGUCUAGUGAGACCGAUUGGAUGGUUCCGGAACAAAUUAUGUCAAGAAGAGAUGCCGGCUCCAACCGUGCCCAGGAGAUUCGCGCAGCGGAUGCGGCGGCGAUGCCACCACUGCCGCCACAAAACCCAACGGCCGCGCCUUUAGGAGGAGCAGCGGCGCAACCAGGGGGAGUAGCGGGACAAGGAGGGGCACCACCACAAGCAACAAUGCAAAUCCCCGGCCAGCAGGUGGUGAUGACCAGACAGGAGAUGCAACAAAUGGUGGCGGAGGCAGCUGCCCAGGCGGUGCAGCAGGUCACAAACAGUCUCUCUCAGGCUACAGCGAUGUCGAACAUUGUUGCAGGGUCACGCCAAAAUGCGGAGGAGGAUGAAUCCAGUUAUGGUGGAGGCGGGCCCCCACAUGACCGAGAGAUGGAGAGAAUGGCAGAACAGCUGCGCCAAUUGCAGGCUAAGGUGGAUGGUCGAGCAGAGAGACGCGCUCGAGGACACUUAUUCUCGGCGGACAUACUAGCAGCACCCUUGCCAAAUAACUACAAGGAUACCAACUUGGUGUUCGAUGGGACUUCUGACCCGUCGAGACACGUGAGGACAUUCGAAAAUAUGGCUGUGUUACAUGGAUAUACUGACCCCGUUAGUUGCAGGGCCUUCUUAUCGACCCUUCAG